AUGGAGGAGAUCUGUGCCGAAGCUGGUAUUACUAGACUGGCGUGGCGCGUCAAGCUCCAAUGUCCGCUGACUUGUGGCGCCAACAAAGUCUUCACUGACCGGUUGGAGUCAUGCCCGAGGACGUGCGAGAACCACUUUUUCGGCACUAGGAAAGAUUGUUAUUCGUUGCCGGGAAGCGAGGGAUGCCAGUGCAAUCCGGGCUUUCUGUUGGAUGGCAUGAAAUGCGUCAAGCCGGAAAACUGCCGGUGUCUGGAGGGCUGUCGAGAUGUGUCAUCGAGAUGCUCGAAGUGGGCCGCCGAAGGGAAGUGCCAGACCAACAUGCACAUCAUGAAUGAGGUCUGUCGGAACUCUUGUGGAUUCUGCAAGCAAAUCGGUGAGUCAGUCGUCGCUUUGUUGAACUCACAAAUCCUCUAG